AUGGCAAAUGCAGAGCAGAUCGCCGCUCAAAUACUGAGCACCAAAUCCCUCUGCGUCUCGUCCUCAUGGCUCAACACGUUCCUCGCCUCGUCGCAGCGCAACGUCCCCGCCUCCGCACUCACCAAGACAGCUCUUUUUCGUGUACUCGCCUCGGAUAUUCGCCAGUCUCUAGCGACCAACCCAACUUCCCUUUUCCCAAUUGACAUCUCCGACCCCGCUGUUCAAGAAAGGCGCAUCCCCGGGCCAAUUCCCGUCCAAGUCCUUGAUAUCGAAGACAUCGGCACGAGUCUCUGGAGCCAAGUCGAAGCAAUCGAGCGUGUCGAGCGCGGCGAAGCUAUACGAGGCCGGGAGAUUGUACGAACAGUGAACGUUGGCGACGAUAAUGAAGGAACAGAAAAUGAGAGCUCGAAUAAUACUGGCGCUGCUGGAGCUCCCAGCGCGUCUGGGAGCAGUGGAUCUGGACCGCAUCGGUUGAUUCUACAGGAUGCUAAUGGCACAAAGGCGGUUGCGAUUGAGAUGCAGUGCAUUGAGGGCAUCUCGCUGGAGAAGCUGCCUAUAGGUGCGAAGAUUCUCUUGCGUAAUGCAACUGUGGCGCGCGGUAUGGUCUUGUUGAAUCCCAAUUGCUAUACGCUGCUCGGCGGGAAGAUUGAAGCUCUGGAUAAACCUUGGAAGGAGGGAAGGAAGGCCAGAUUGUUGCAGAGGAUCGAUUCUAUGGGCAGUGAGGCUAAUUAA